AUGGCCUUGGCCUGUGAGAAGUGUCGCGGGCUAAAAGUGAAAUGUGUUCGAGUGGUGGAAGGGCAGCCAUGUGUCAAAUGCACCAAAACAAAGUCUCAAUGCAUAAUUCGAGAACCAAGACAACGAGUCCGACAGUCGCGGGCCAAACCGCGCCUCGCUGAACUAGAGUCCAAGAUCACCGAUCUACUUGGUCUUCUGUCGCAACCGAACGAAGCAAACUCUGUCGAGGAAAAUGUCAUGAUUGCGGAUGAUGGACGCUUCACAAGUCCUGUCCAACCGGCCGGUAUAGACCAAGGUCAAUUGGACGCAGAGUAUCCGACUCCGGAUGAUACAGACCUGGAUUUUGUCCAAAUGCUCGACUCAACCACCGGAAAGGACUCAGCCAUGACGUGGUCGACUCCUACCAGCACCGACAGCAGUUGGGUCACGGAUUUAGGUCUAAGCAUGACUGCCCUUGAUCAGCUCCUCGACGAUUUCCGCGGCAUGGCAUCGUAUUUCCCGUUCGUUGUCAUACCAAGUGGUUGGACAGCCGCCUCAAUGGCCGAAGACAGACCGUUUCUAUUGCUGUCCGCUGUCGCAAGUGCCUCGUCAACCUACAGUAACUUACAGCGAGCUCUAGUUGAGGAACUGAAAGGAAUCCUUAGUCAUCGUGUUGUGAUGGCUGGAGAAAAAGACUUGGACUUGUUACAAGGCUUACUUGUUCACCUAGCAUGGUUCCAUUUCUAUCUGGAUCCGCGAAGUCAACAGACCUACCAAUAUCUGCAACUGGCGAUUGGAAUGGUGGUUGACCUCCGGCUGGAUAAGAAGAUUGCCGACCUAAUGGAGAACGACGCUAUUCCCAGCGAUCUUGAUAGCCAUGAGAUAUGCCGAGCCUAUCUGGGCUGCUAUUAUCUGUCAAGCACCAUGGCAACGGCAACAUCGAAGCCUGACAAUUUCAGCUUCUCGGAGCACAUACUGUCGUGCGCAAGGAUGCUUCAACAAGAUCACAAGUUCCCAACCGAUGACUUGAUGUAUCCGACAAUCAAGCUUCAGCAGUUCACUUGGGAGGUGCGCGACACAUAUCAAUUGGGAUCCAUCGCGACAAAUUGGUCUCAUCCUGAUCGAUUCAUGGCACGGUUACAAGAAUGGUGGUCCACCCUAUCCGAGGACACGCAACGCGCCGUGUCCGGAUAUCGAGCGGCAAAGAUCCGGAUCUACGAAAUGGGGCUUGUCUAUCGAUAUGGUCAGAGAAAACGAGCUCCAGCAAAUGUCUCAACCCAGCCAACUGCGCCGGCACGUUCGACGGUCAACCAUAAUCUCAUCCAGAGCUUGAUUUGUGCCAAAGAGUACCUUGACGCGUUUCUGGUAAUGACGCAGCGCGAGUACAAUAAAUUGCCCUUGUCAGCGUGGUACCAGCUUAUUCUCGCCAUUAUAGUGCUCUAUAGGCUGUCUGUUGGUCUACCGGAUUACCCCAACUGGGACAGAGAGAUCGCACAAGAUACUGUCAAGCUAGAAACAUACCUCGAUAUGCUCAGCCAACGUCUGCGACCCACUGAAUUCCAGGUUGGAACAGGAGCUCGGGCUGAAAGCAACAAAUGCUUGUUCAUAAUGUUCCCCGAUAUGGUGGAGAGCGUCAAGGUCUCCUAUAUGGCGGCAAGGGCGCAACCGAUUCCAGAUAACUACGAAACCGCCGCUCAUGAGGCCUUUGUUAGUGGGGAUACCAUGCCCUCCGCCCGAAAGCAUCGCUGCCCCGGAAUGCGCAAUCUCCGACGGCUCACUGGUGAGACCACAGAGGAAGAUACUUUGUUACAAAGCGCUAUCGCCGAUGAAGUUCAACAGAUUGAGAAUGAGAAAUUCUGGAACGAUUUGAUUGUUGCCGAUAUUUCUAACUAG